AUGAAACUUGGUGUGGUCUACCAGUGGCUACUCAGCGGCUGCUGGUGGUGGUGUUGUGGAGCUAGUGCUGCCCAGCCCAACAUUGUCAUCAUCGUGGCGGACGAUCUGGGCUGGAACGAUGUGAGCUUCCACGGCUCGAACCAGAUUCCCACACCCAACCUGGACGCCCUGGCGUACGAUGGCGUCAUCCUGAACCGUCACUACGUGCCACCGCUCUGUACCCCGGCACGGGCUGCCCUGAUGACCGGUCGUAAUCCGAUAAACCUGGGUAUGCAGGACGACGUCAUCAUCUCCGACCAGCCGUGGGGUCUCGGGCUGGAUGAGCGGCUACUCCCACAGUACUUCCGCGAAGCCGGCUACCGGACGCAUCUGGUCGGCAAGUGGCACCUCGGUUUCUUCCGGCAGGCCUACACACCAACCCGCCGGGGCUUCGAGUCACACUUCGGCUACCUGGGGCCGUACAUCGACUACUGGGACCACAGUCUGCAGAUGAGUGCGUCAUCCUCCCGCGGACGGGACCUGCGGCGGAACACUGCCGUCGAGUACGUCGCCAAUGGUACCUACGCGACGGAUCUGUUUAACGACGAGGCCAUUCGUAUCAUCCGCUCCCACAACACAGCGGAACCACUGCUCCUGGUGCUGACCCACCUCGCGCCACACACCGGCAACGUGGACGAUCCGCUGCAGGCACCCGCGGAGGAGAUUGCCCGAUUUGGACACAUCCGCGAUGCGCGCCGGCGAACCCUGGCAGCGAUGAUAUCGCGGAUCGAUGCCGGUGUCGGGCGGCUUCACAGUGCCCUUCGGGAGCGGAACAUGGUGGAGAAUAGCAUCAUUCUGUUCUUAGCGGACAACGGUGCCCCGACGGUCGGAAUACACGCCAACUCCGGAUCGAACUAUCCGUUGCGAGGGCAAAAAGCUUCCCCCUGGGAGGGCGCAGUCCGUGGAGUGGCCUUCAUCUGGAGUCCACUGUUGACAGCGCGAGGCUACGUUUCCGAACAGUGGAUUCACGUCAGCGACUGGUUGCCAACGUUGGGUCGCGCAGCUGGCAUCGGCGCGAUCCCCAGGACGGACAGUCCCAUCGACGGACAGGAUCAGUGGAGCGCUCUGCAGUCCGGCAGCGGUUUGGGGCCGCGAUCCGUUGUGAUGAACAACGUUGAAGAUCGGUGUAACUACAGUAGCUACACGAAACGUGGCUGGAAGUACGUCAGUGGAUCCUGUGCCGACGGCCAGUACGACGGUUGGUUGGGCGAGUUACCCGAUCACGAUCAACUACCCGAGCAGCAGUACUUCGAUCUGCUAAUGGCCCCGGACACUUUGGGUCAAGUCUUGCGACUGCCUCCCCCGGAUAAAGUGAGGAGUCUUCGAGCAACAUCCACAUUGCAGUGCCAGAAUGCCGCAGAACCGGAUCGGCCGUGCGAACCACUCGUCGCUCCGUGUCUAUUCAAUCUGCUCGAGGAUCCGUGCGAACGGAGAAACAUCGCCCAACAGCAUCCGGCCAUCGUGGACGAGCUAUACGCCGAUGUUCUGUACUACCGGCGGCACAGUGUCCGGCCACGUAACCAACCACCGGACAGCCGGUCCGAUCCUGCCUCGUACAACUACACCUGGACCUGGUGGCAGGACGAACUGGACGCGCGGAUGGUUCGCUCCCCAAGCAUCCUACCGAUGCUGUUGGCGGCAGCAGCGUUAGCCAUCGUAUUCGCCGUAUGCUUAGUGGUGAAACUCGUUUCAUGCAGUCGAAACAGUAAGCUGGAAGACUGCGGAGGUCGCGACUGA